CCAUUAUGAUUCUGUAGUGUUGGAUUCCAUAGAGACGGGCAAGUCUGGCCAAGUUACUAGCUAUAUUAUUAUUUUUGUCGGAUAACGUUAGCUAGGUAACAAGAAAGCUAACCAAUCUAACGCCCAAAAAAGGGUCAAGAAGAUUUCAGUGGGCGUUUAACGUUACGUGACGUUAAGAAGAACAAAUCAUGUCAUUUAGAGACUUACGAAAUUUCACAGAAAUGAUGCGAGCCUUGGGCUAUCCUCGCUUGAUAUCCAUGGAGAACUUCAGGACCCCAAACUUUACCCUUGUGGCUGAAAUUCUCAUCUGGCUUGUGAUUAGAUAUGAACCGCAAAUGGACAUACCAACUGAUGUGGACACAGAGGCAGACAGGAUUUUCUUCAUAAAGGCAGUGGCCCAAUUUAUGGCAACAAAGGCUCACAUCAAGGUUAACACAAAGCGCCUGUACCAGGCUGAUGGCUACGCUGUAAAAGAGAUGUUAAAGAUGACCUCAGUGCUGUACAGUACUAUAAAGACAAAGGAGAUGGCCUCUGGGGACAAAGUGGAGGAGGAAAAUAGCAAAUUUAAGUUUGACUUGGGUUCGAAGAUUGCAGAGCUAAAGGCAGCGAGGCAGCUGGCCUCAGAUAUCACGUCUAAAGGAGCGUCGCUGUAUGACCUCCUGGGUAAGGAGGUGGAACUUAGGGAGAUGAGAACUGCAGCCAUCUCCAGACCCCUGGAGAUUAACGAGACAGAAAAGGCUCUCAGAGCAGCUAUCAAAGAAGUAUUGGAAAGUGUGGAUAAAACCAAAGACAUGCUAAACAAUGUGUCCUCCGAUGAGACAAGCCUGGAGUCCAAAAUAGAGAAGAAGAAACAGGAGCUGGAAAGGAACCAAAAAAGACUCCUUACUUUACAGAGUGUACGACCAGCGUUCAUGGAUGAGUAUGAGAAGAUUGAGGAGGACCUACAAAAGCAGUAUGAGACCUACGUGGAGAAGUUCCUGAACUUGAGCUUCCUGGAGCAGCAGCUGGAGGAGUACCAUAGACAGGAGCAGGAGAGGUUUGAGGAGACUGAAAACACUCUGAGGAUGAUGCAGCACAAACUGCGGGAGGAGGAGAGAAGGCUGAUGAGGAGUGGAGACAAAGACGAGGACUCUGAUAUGGACAUCCCUGAGGAUGAGGGCUCAGAUAGUGAUAUGGAGGAUCGCAGACCCCCUAAGCCUCGUCCCACCAGAAACAUGCCCAUUACAGGGAGAGGCGGAGCCCGGCUCAUCGGUAACAUGCAGGGGGGAGACAGUGAGGAGUCUAAACCAGUGGUGUACAAGUCUCUUCCUUGGGCCCUAACUCAGACAGAAGGAAAGACAGAGGACAGCGAGAUCGAUGUGGAUGAUGAAGAUGAGGAAGGAGAGGAGGAGGAGAAUGAAGACCUGGAGGACGAUAAUGACAGCCUGGAAAUCCCUGCACCCAAUUCAUCCGGGCCAUCCAGGGGGCCCCUGAGGCCCAAUCUUUUAGAUGAGAGUGAUAAUGACUUCUGAGCCACACAGACACACACUCUCUCACUCACUCACUUACUCACUCAAUGUUUUUGACCACAAAGGAAAUGUUGGUAAGGAAAAAUUAUCCAUUAAACUAUUAUUACUUUGAAUAAAGACACUUGUUAAUCAGACCUUCCUAUAUGUGAGUGGGUAUCAUCUAGAGAUUUAGUAUUUUCAUUUGAAUUAGUUAUUUUUUUAAAUUCUAAUCUGAGGUUGAAUCUCAAAUUGCAUGCUAUGCAUCAAAUAUAAUAUGCCCCAAACCAUAGUACGCUGAAAAUAGUAUGCCACAAGUGCCUGAAUGGUCUACUAUUCCUGGCAACCGUGCAUGGUUUUUUAGGUACUGUAGACCACAACCCCUUGUGCAUUGAAAGAGAAGGGGUUUGCAAAGUUUUUCUAAUCUUUUCACUUAAAAGAUGAGAAAUCUA